UGAAUUGAAAAGAAAUAUUUUGUGAUGAUGAAUUUUACACAUAUUACUUUAAAGUUUUAAUAUUUAAUAAUUAAAAUUUUUAUAUUUAUUAUGAUUAAAUUAUUUUACGAUAGAUAAAAAAGAAGUACAUUUUUAAAAUGAGAGCUCAUGUAAUGACAUUAGCCAACAGCAUUAUUGGUGUUAGUAUUUUAGCUAUGCCAUUUUGUUAUAAAGAGUGUGGAAUAGUGUUAUCAACUAUAUUAUUGGUUUUGAGCAAUUUAAUGUCCAGAGCCUCUUGUUAUUUUUUAUUAAAAUCUGCUAUUAAAUCGAGAACACGCGAUUUUGAAUUUUUGGCAUUUCAUUUAUUUGGAAAAUUGGGGAAAGUCACUGUAGAAUUAUGCAUAAUAAUGUUUCUUAUGGGAACAUGUAUAGCCUUUUUUGUUGUUAUGGGUGAUUUAGGACCUCAAAUUAUUGGUGAUACGUUUAACAUAAAAAAUACAACUGCUCUUCGCCCAAGUAUUAUGAUUGGUUUAGCUGCAUUUGUAGUGUUGCCAUUGGGAUUGUUACGUGAUGUUAAUAGCUUAAAUACAAUUUGUACUGCAGCAAUAAUAUUUUAUGCUUGUUUAGUAUUCAAGAUUUUUAUUGAAGCUUUUGAUAAACUUUUUACUUCUGUUUGGUUUUCUGAAAUAUAUUUUUGGCAACCAGCUGGACUUCUCCAAUGCUUACCAAUAUUUUCAAUGUCUUUAUUUUGUCAAACACAAUUAUUUGAUAUAUUCGAGUCAAUAUCAAAUGAAUCAUUAGAUAAAUUAAAUGCAAUAAUUCGUUCAUCAAUGAACAUGUGCACUACUGUUUACAUCAGUGUUGGGAUUCUUGGAUAUAUUGCAUACCAUGAUUCAACAUUAACAGGGAAUAUUCUCACUAGCUUUUCACAAUGUUUAUCCAGUGAUAUAAUAAAAAUGGGCUUUGUGAUGUCUAUUGCUGUCAGUUUUCCUUUGGUAAUAUUUCCAUGUCGUUCAUCAAUAUAUUCCCUUAUUGCUACAAAAGACUAUGUUCUUGUAUCAGGAGGAAGACAACAUAUUGCUGAAACUCCUUUUAAAUGCAUCACAUUUUUCAUUGUAAUAUUUUCUUUAUUAACUGGCCUUAUAAUGCCUAAUAUUGAAGUUGUGUUAGGACUAAUUGGAUCUACUAUUGGAGUCAUGAUUAAUGUAAUGUUUCCUUCCAUGUUUUUGGUGCGAGUUUCCAAUAAAAAUCUUAAAGAAAGAUUUUGGGCAAGAUUUAUUUUUUUUGUAGGUAUUUUUAUUAUGGUAAUGGGAACUUUGGCUAAUAUUUAUGCUAUACAACAAUCACUUUCAACUACAAAACAAGUCAAUAAAGAUAUUAUUUCUGCUGAUUUAAUAGCUCACACAUUAAAUAAACAACAGUUAAACAAUAAUAAAGUGGAGUCUUUGGAUUUAAAAUCUGAAGAUAAACUUGAAGUUAUUAAACCAAAGUCAAAACCAUUUGAAGAAAUACGAAUUGAACCUCCUAUCCCUGUAGAACCUGUUAUGAAAUCUAAUGUUGUAAAACAAGAAAAAGCAGUAAAAGUCGAUAAUGGAAAUUCUAUAAGUAAAGAUGCAAUCAAAAGAGAAGAUGAAGAAUUAGAAAAAAGACCAGAAAUUGAAUUGCUUGAAAAAUUAAAAAGUCAUGAAAAUGAGGAGAAAAAAAUAUUAGCUGAAUCAAAACAAAUUUUAGAAGAAUUAAAAGAUGCUCGCCAAGUACAAUUUGAAAAAAAUAAAAGGAAAUCCAGGAAACAUUUAGAAGACUUAAAUGCAAUAAAUAAUAAAGAUGGAGAUAAAAAAAAUGUUGCUUCUUUGGAUGAAAAAAAUAAUAAAACUGAAGGAGUAGUUAAAGAUAAAUUGCCCCCUUUCCCUUUAGUAUUGAAAGAAGCUAACAAAUCUAAUAAAACCAAAAUGGAAUUGAAUAGAGACAAGCGAGAUUUGACAUCUACAGUAGUUGAUGAUGAAAAAGAAGAAAACUGUAAAAAAAAUGAAAAAGUUGUUAAUAAAAAUAUUGUAGGAGUUGAAAAUAAAAAAAAUAAAGAAAAUUAUGUUGAAGAUGUAAUAGUGAAACAUUAAAUAUUGAACAUAUCCAUUUCUUCUAUUUACCAUUAUGGUUGAUCUCUAUAAUUUGCAA